ACAACUUGGGUGGCAAUGAUAACCUCUCUAGCUUCUCAUCAGACCCCACUUUUCCCUCAGUGCUUAAAUUGGUUGUUGGCUAAUCAACACUUAGAUGGUUCUUGGGGUCUUCCUGAUCGCCAUCCAUUACUGAUGAAUGAUGCUCUCUUAUCUACCUUAGCAUGCAUCCUUGCUCUAAAGCAAUGGGGUGUCGGAGAAGAUCAAAUUAACAGGGGUCUUCACUUUAUUCAGUCAAACAUUGCCUCAAUCCAGGAUGAGAAGCAGCACCUUCCCAUAGGAUUUGGUAUCAAUUUUCCUUCUUUGAUAGAAUAUGCACAAAAUUUGGGCAUUAAUCUUCCAAUUGAAGCUACGAUCUUGAAUACAAUGAUCCACAAGAGAGAAAUAGAACUGCAAAGGUAGAAUUUUGGAUGUCUU